AAUCCCCCGAGGAGCGUUGUGGUGCUGCUGCCGAGGAGCUGGCUCUGAGACAGCCACCGGGAGGGACGCGCCAGCCCCAGCCCUCCUCUCCUCUCCUUUCCUCGCCUCUCCUCUCCCCGAGCUGCUGCCACACUUGGUUCAUUCCAGCUGCAGAAGCUCAGAGCCUUCCAUGCGCCGAGCCGAGGACUAUCCCAAUCGCCAAGGGGAAGGAAAAGGGGGGAAAACCCAGCAGCGAGAACCACCAACCCCCCAGCAGCACGCCCCAUUCCUGCUGCCCUUUGACAUGCAACCUUCCUGGGGAUGGGAGCAGCCGGGAUGCAGCUGCGGCUUCGGGAGGCACUGGGGGAAACUGGGAAUCGUGGCUCUGAUGCCGGUGGAGGUGAGCGCCUGGAGCCGGGUGCUGCUGCUCUCCGUGGGGCUCCUGGCUGGAUCCGUGACGGCCCAGAACUGCAGCCACACCUUGCAGGGCCCCAAUGGGACGAUCCAGAGCCCGGGCUUUCCCUAUGGAUACCCCAAUUAUGCAAACUGCACGUGGACAAUCAGUGCCGAGGAGCAGCACAGGAUACAGCUGGUUUUCCACUCCUUUGCACUGGAGGAAGACUUUGAUGUGCUCUCCAUCUUCGAUGGGCUGCCCCAGCAGGGCACUCUGAGGACGAGGUUGACAGGGUUCCAGCUGCCUGCCCCCGUGGUCAGCUCGGGGGCUCUGCUGUCCCUGUGGCUCGUCAGCGACUACGCCGUGAGCGCCCAAGGCUUCCAGGCCACCUAUGAGGCUCUGCCCAGCCACACGUGUGGGAAUCCGGGAAGGCUCCAGAACGGGAUCCAACAAGGGACAACGUUCAGCAUCGGGGACAGAGUGAGGUACAGCUGCAAUCCAGGCUUUUUCUUGGAAGGCCAUGCCCUGCUGACGUGCCAGGCCAGCUCAGAGAACUCUGCCUCCUGGGACUUCCCUCUCCCCGUCUGCAGAGCUGAUGAUGCCUGUGGGGGGACCCUGCGGGGCCAGAGCGGGAUCAUCUCCAGCCCCCAUUUCCCUUUGGAAUACGGCAACAACGCCGACUGCACCUGGACUAUCCUGGCCGAGCCCGGGGACACCAUUGCUCUGGUUUUCAUGGAUUUCCAGCUGGAAGAUGGAUAUGAUGUUCUAGAAGUGGCUGGGACAGAGGGAUCCUCGCUCUGGUUCACUGGGAUGAAUUUACCUGCCCCUGUGAUCAGCAGCAAGAACUGGCUGAGGCUCCACUUCACCUCUGAUGGCAACCACAGGCAGAAGGGCUUCAGUGCCCAGUACCAAGUCAAAAAGCAAAUGGAGCUCAAGUCCAGGGGAGUGAAGCUCAUGCCCAGCAAGGACAACAACCAGAAGACAUCAGUGUUAACUCAGGUUGGUGUGUCCCAGGGACAUAAUAUGUGUCCAGACCCUGGGAUUCCAGAGAGAGGCAAAAGAAUAGGCAACGAUUUUAGGUUGGGCUCCAGCAUCCAGUUCUCCUGCAACGAGGGCUACGACCUGCAGGGCUCCAGGAGCAUCACCUGCAAGAGGGUGAGCGACCUCAUCGUGGCCUGGAGCGACCACAGGCCUGUCUGCAGAGCCAGGAUGUGUGACAUGUACCUGAGGGGGCCCAGCGGGGUCAUCACGUCCCCCAACUACCCGGUGCAGUACGACAACAACGCCUACUGCGUGUGGGUCAUCACCGCCCUCAACCCCGCCAAGGUCAUCAAACUCACCUUCGAGGAAUUCGAGCUGGAGAGAGGAUAUGACACCCUGACAGUGGGGGAUGGAGGCCAAGUGGGAGACCAGAAAACUGUGCUUUAUGUCCUGACGGGCACCACCGUCCCCGACCUCAUCGUCAGCACCCACCACCAGAUGUGGCUCCUCUUCCAGACAGACAGUGUCAGCAACCUGCUGGGCUUCAAAGCAACCUACGAAGAGAUCGACCAGGGCAGCUGCGGCGAUCCCGGCAUCCCGCCCUACGGACGCAGAGAGGGCUCCACCUUCCGCCACGGGGACAGCCUGACCUUCGAGUGCCAGCCUGCCUUCGAGCUGAAGGGCCAGAGAACCAUUACCUGCCAAAAGAGCAGCCAGUGGUCUGCUCAGAAACCUGUGUGUGUGUUUUCCUGCUUUUUCAACUUCACCAGCCCGGCGGGGAUCGUGCUGUCCCCCAACUACCCCGAGGAGUACGGCAGCAGCCUGCACUGCGUGUGGCUCAUCAUCGCCAAGCCCGAGAGCAGGAUCCACUUGGCCUUCAACGACUUCGACGUGGAGCCCCAGUUUGAUUUCCUGGCCGUGAAGGACGGCGGCACCGCCGAGUCCCCGGUGCUGGGCACCUUCUCAGGGAACCAGAUCCCCUCCUCCCUGACCAGCAGCGGCCACGUGGCCAGGCUGGAGUUCCAGACCGACCACUCCAUGGAGAAGAGAGGCUUCAACAUCACCUUCACCACGUUCCGGCACAACGAGUGUCCCGACCCCGGCGUGCCGGUCAACGGGAAGCGUUUUGGGGACAGCCUCCAGCUGGGCAGCUCCGUGUCCUUCCUGUGUGACGAGGGUUUCAUCCGCACCCACGGCUCCGAGACCGUCACCUGCGUCCUGCAGGAGGGCAACGUGGUGUGGAACCACCCCGUGCUCAGGUGUGAAGCACCCUGUGGUGGCCACCUGACGUCGCCCAGUGGCACCAUCCUGUCCCCUGGCUGGCCUGGCUUCUACAAGGACUCGCUGAGCUGUGCCUGGGUCAUUGAGGCCCAGCCUGGCUACCCCAUCAAGAUCACCUUUGACAGGUUCAAGACGGAGGUGAACUACGACACGCUGGAAGUGCGGGACGGCCGCUCCUACUCCUCCCCCCUGAUCGGGGUCUACGACGGGACCCAGGUGCCCCAGUUCCUCAUCAGCACCAGCAACUACCUCUACCUCCUGUUCACCACUGACAAAAGCCACUCUGACAUUGGCUUUCAGAUCCGAUACGAAACUGUGAAGCUCCAGUCCGACCACUGCCUGGAUCCCGGGAUCCCGGUGAACGGGCAGCGCCACGGGAAUGAUUUCUACGUGGGAGCCCUGGUGACCUUCAGCUGUGACUCAGGAUACACCCUGAGUGACAGCGAGGCCCUGGAGUGUGAGCCAAACUUCCAGUGGAGCCGCCCCCUGCCCAGCUGUGAGGCUCUCUGUGGAGGUUACAUUCGUGGCUCCAGUGGUACCAUCCUGUCCCCAGGCUUCCCAGAUUUUUAUCCCAACAACUUGAACUGCACGUGGACGAUAGAAACAUCCCAUGGAAAAGGUGUGUUCUUCACCUUCCACACCUUUCACCUGGAGAAUGGGCACGACUACCUCCUGAUCACCGAGAACACCAGCUUUGCCCAGCCCCUGCAGCAGCUGACGGGGUCCCGCCUGCCGGCCCCGCUCAGCGCGGGGCUCUUCGGCAACUUCUCGGCCCAGAUCCGCUUCAUCUCCGACUUCUCCAUGUCCUACGAGGGCUUCAACAUCACCUUCUCAGAGUACGACCUGGAGCCCUGUGACGAGCCAGAGGUGCCAGCCUACAGCAUCAGGAAGGGGCUGCAGUUCGGGGUGGGGGACGUGCUCACCUUCUCCUGCUUCCCGGGGUACCGGCUGGAAGGAGCCUCCCGGAUCACCUGCCUCGGGGGGAGGCGGCGGGUGUGGAGUUCGCCUCUGCCAAGGUGUGUUGCUGAAUGUGGCUCCUCUGUCACUGGAACCCAGGGUGUGCUGCUGUCCCCCAACUACCCACUCAACUACAACAACAACCACGAGUGCAUCUACUCCAUCCAGACCCAGCCAGGGAAGGGGAUCCAGCUGAAAGCCAGGACGUUUGAGCUGGAGGCAGGAGAUGUCCUCAAGGUCUAUGAUGGCACCAACAGCUCUGCCCGGCUGCUGGGCACCUUCAGCCGCUCGGACAUGCUGGGCACCAGCAUCAACAGCACCUCCAGCUCCAUGUGGCUGGAGUUCAUCACCAACUCUGCCAACACCAGCAAAGGCUUUGAGCUGCAGUUUUCCAGUUUUGAGCUCAUCAAGUGCGAGGACCCCGGAGUGCCCCAGUUUGGGUACAAGGUGCACGACGAGGGGCACUUUGCUGGCAGCUCCGUGUCCUUCAGCUGUGACCCCGGGUACACCCUGAGGGGCAGCAGGGUCCUGGGCUGCCUGACUGGGGAGAGGAGAGCGUGGGACCAGCCCCUGCCAACCUGUGUAGCUGAGUGUGGAGGGACCAUCAGAGGAGAGGCCUCGGGGCGGAUCCUGUCCCCGGGUUACCCGACCCCCUACGACCACAACCUCAACUGCAUCUGGACCAUCGAGGCAGAGCCUGGUUGCACCAUAGGGCUCCAUUUCAUGGUUUUCCACACCGAGGAGUUCCAUGACGUGCUGCGGAUCUGGGACGGGCCAGUGGAGAAGGGGAUCCUGCUGAGGGAGCUCAGUGGCUCAGGGCUCCCCGGGGACGUGCACAGCACCUUCAACUCCCUCAUCCUCCAGUUCAACACCGACUUCUUCACCAGCAAGCAGGGCUUUGCCAUCCAGUUCUCAGUUUCCACUGCCACGUCCUGCAACGACCCGGGAAUUCCCCAGAACGGGAGCCGGAGCGGGGACAGCAAGGAGGCAGGAGAUUCCAUCACCUUCCAGUGCAACCCGGGCUAUGCCCUGCAAGGGGAGGCCCAAAUCACCUGUGUGCAGGUGGAGAACAGGUUUUUCUGGCAGCCAGACCCUCCCUCCUGCACAGCUCCCUGUGGAGGGAUCCUGACGGGCCCCUCAGGGGUGAUCCUGUCCCCCCAGUACCCUGAGCCCUACCCCCCUGGCAAGGAGUGUGACUGGAAGCUCACGGUGUCUCCAGACUAUGUCAUUGCCCUGGUGUUCAACAUCUUCAGCCUGGAGCCUGGCUAUGACUUCCUUCACAUCUAUGAUGGCCCUGACUCCCUGAGCCCCCUGAUUGGGAGCUUUUAUGGCUCCCAGCUCCCCGAGAGGAUCGAGAGCAGCAGCAACAGCCUGUUCCUGGCGUUCCGGAGCGACGCCUCCGUCAGCAACACCGGCUUUGUCAUCGAGUACACAGAAAACCCCCGGGAGUCGUGCUUCGACCCGGGCUCCAUCAGGAACGGCACCCGCGUGGGCUCGGACCUCAAGCUGGGAUCCACCAUCACCUACUACUGUGACGGGGGGUACGACAUCCAGGGGGUCUCCACCCUCACCUGCAUCAUGGGAGGGGAUGGAAAACCCACCUGGAACAAACCCCGCCCCACCUGCACAGCUCCCUGUGGGGGUCAGUACACGGGCUCCGACGGCGUCGUCCUGUCUCCGAAUUACCCCCAAAACUACACCACUGGCCAGGCCUGCUUGUACUUCAUUGUGGUGCCCAAGGACUAUGUGGUCUUCGGGCAGUUUGCCUUCUUCCAAACCGCGCUCAAUGACGUCGUGGAGGUCCAUGAUGGCCCCAACCAGCACUCCAGGCUCCUCAGCUCCCUCUCAGGCUCUCACACAGGUGAAUCCUUGCCCUUAGCUACCACCAACCAGAUCCUCAUCAAAUUUAGCUCCAAGGGUCAAUCCACAGCCAAAGGUUUUCAUUUUGUCUACCAAGCCGUGCCCAGGACCAGUGCCACCCAGUGCAGCUCCGUGCCGGAGCCGCGCCACGGCCGCCGCCUGGGCAGCGACUUCGCCGUGGGCGCCGUGGUGAGGUUCGAGUGCAGCCCUGGCUACGCCCUGCACGGCUCCCCCACCAUCGAGUGCCUCACCAUGCCCGGGGCCCUGGCACAGUGGAACGUGUCCGUGCCCACCUGUGUGGUGCCGUGCGGUGGGAAUUUGACGGAGCGCAAGGGAACCAUCCUGUCCCCGGGGUUCCCCGAGCCCUACCUGAACAGCCUCAACUGUGUGUGGAAGAUCACAGUCCCUGAAGGAGCAGGGAUCCAGAUCCAGGUGAUCAGUUUUGUCACUGAGCAGAACUGGGAUUCCCUGGAAGUGUUUGAUGGAGGGGAUAACACAGCCACCAUGCUGGGGAGUUUCUCUGGGACUACAGUGCCUGCUCUGCUCAACAGCACUUCAAACCAGCUCUAUCUGCAUUUCUACUCGGAUAUCAGUGUCUCUGCUGCCGGCUUCCACCUGGAAUACAAAACUGUGGGUCUGUCCAGCUGCCCAGAGCCCCCCGUUCCUGGGAAUGGCCUGAAGAUCGGGGAGCGCUACUUGGUGAACGACGUCGUGUCCUUCCAGUGCGAGCCGGGCUACGCCCUGCAGGGUCACUCCCACAUUUCCUGCAUGCCGGGCACCGUCCGCCGCUGGAAUUACCCUCCGCCGCUCUGCAUCGCCCAGUGUGGAGGAACAGCAGAAGAGAUGGAAGGAGUGCUCCUGAGCCCAGGCUUCCCAGGAAAUUAUCCCAGCAACCUGGACUGCACGUGGAGGAUAUUGCUGCCAGUGGGGUUUGGUGCUCACAUCCAGUUCCUGAACUUCUCCACCGAGCCAAACCAUGACUUUGUGGAGAUCAGGAACGGGCCCUACGACACCAGCACCGUCAUCGGGCGCUUCAGCGGCGCCGAACUGCCCGGCUCCCUCCUGUCCACCUCCCACGAAACCACCGUGUACCUGCACAGCGACCACUCCGAGAACAAGCCAGGCUUCAAACUGGAAUAUCAAGCCUACGAGCUGCAGGAGUGCCCUGACCCGGAGCCUUUUGCCAACGGGGUGGUGAGAGGGGCCGGGUACAACGUUGGCCAGUCCAUCUCCUUCGAGUGCCUCCCUGGCUUCCACCUGAUCGGCCACCCCGUGCUGACCUGCCAGCACGGCACCAACAGGAACUGGGACCACCCCCUGCCCCGCUGUGAAGUGCCUUGUGGGGGGAAUGUCACCACCCAGAAUGGGACAGUUUACUCCCCUGGCUUCCCCAACCAGUACCCCAAUUCCCAGGACUGCACUUGGCUCCUCACGGUGCCCGUGGGAUAUGGGAUCCACCUCAACUUCACCCUGCUGCAGACAGAGCCCUACAACGACUUCAUCACUGUGUGGGAUGGAGCCCAGCAAACAGCCCCCCAGCUGGGUGUGUUCACUGGCAACUCUGCCAAGAAAUCAGCCCAGAGCUCCUCCAACCAGGUCCUGCUGAAGUUCCACAGCGAUGCAGCCAACGGGGGCAUCUUUGCCAUUUAUUUCUAUGCCUACCAGCUGUUCCGGUGCCAGCCUCCCACCAUGGUCCCCAACGCCGAGAUCAUCACUGAGAACGAGGAGUUCAACAUAGGUGACAUAGUGAGGUACAGGUGCCUGCCCGGCUUCACCCUGAUUGGAAAUGAAAUCCUGACCUGCAAACUCGGCACUCACCUCCAGUUUGAGGGGCCUCCUCCCACGUGUGAAGUUCACUGCCCCAUGAACCAGGUGAUGACAGACUCCACUGGUGUGAUUCUCAGCCAGAGCUUCCUGGGGAGUUACCCCCACUUCCAGACCUGUUCCUGGGUGGUGAAGGUCGAGCCUGGGUACAACAUCUCCCUCACCAUUGAGUACUUCCUCAGUGAGAAGCAGUACGACGAGUUUGAGAUCUUUGAUGGUCCCUCUGGCCAGAGUCCCCUGCUCCUGUCUCUGAGUGGGAACUACUCAGCCCCUCUGACCGUGACCAGCAGCGGGAACAACGUCUUCCUCCGCUGGUCCUCGGAUCACGCCUACAACAGGAAAGGCUUCAAAAUCCGCUACUCUGCUCCUUACUGCAGCCUCCCCCAGCCCCCAGCCCACGGGAUGAUCCUGAGCCACACCGGGCUGAGCCCCGGCAGCUCCGUCCGCUUCGGCUGCGACUCCGGGUACCGCCUGGCCGGGCACAGCACCAGCACCUGCACCCAGCACCCCCAGGGCUACUUCCACUGGAGGGAGGCCAUCCCUCUGUGCCAAGCUCUGUCCUGUGGAGUUCCCAGAGCCCCAAGGAACGGGGUUGUCUUUGGCAAGGAGUACACAGUGGGCACAAAGGCUGUGUACCACUGCAACCAGGGCUUCCAGCUGCAGCCAGGAUCGGAGCCCAGCACCGAGUGCCUGCAGUCGGGGCAGUGGAGCAACGGGAACCAGCCCCCCCAGUGCGUGGCCGUCGCCUGUCCCGACAUCGGCAGCAUCGCGGUGGAGCACGGCCGGUGGAGACUCACCUACGAGAGCCAGUACCACUACAACGCCCAGCUCAUGCUCAUCUGCGACCCUGGCUACUACUACACGGGCCAGAGGGUCAUCAGGUGCCAGGCCAAUGGCAAGUGGAGCGUAGGGGAGCCCAUGCCCACCUGUAAAAUUAUCUCCUGCGGGGACCUGCCGACGCCUCCCAACGGGAACAAGAUCGGGACCCUGACCAGCUACGGGGCCACAGCCAUCUUCUCCUGCAACACUGGCUACACCCUGGUGGGCUCCCGGGUCAGGGAGUGCAUGGCCAACGGGCUCUGGAGCGGGGCAGAGGUCAGGUGUCUGGCUGGCCACUGUGGCGUUCCCAGCCCCAUUGUGAACGGGCAGAUCAACGGGGAGAACUACAACUACCGGGGCAGUGUGGUGUACCAGUGCAGCCCCGGGUUCCGCCUCAUCGGCAUGUCCGUGCGCAUCUGCCAGCAGGACCACCGCUGGUCCGGCAAGACCCCUGUCUGUGUGCCCAUCACCUGUGGGCACCCUGGCAACCCUGCCAACGGCCUGACCCAGGGCACUCAGUUCAACCUCAACGACGUGGCCAAGUUCGUGUGCAACCCCGGCUUCCGCCUGGAGGGAGCAUCCCAAUCCCAGUGCCUGGCCAACGGCCAGUGGAGCAGCACCCUGCCCUCCUGCCGUGUUGUAAACUGUACUGACCCCGGGCACCUGGAAAACAGCGUCCGGCAAGUGCAGCCCAGCGGGCCCCACAGAUUCAGCUUUGGAACAACUGUGUCCUAUCAGUGCAGCCAUGGAUAUUACCUGUUGGGGACACACGUCCUCACCUGUCAGGGGGAUGGCACUUGGGACCGUGCCCUCCCACAGUGUCUUUUGGUGUCCUGUGGCCACCCCGGGUCCCCUCCCCACGCCCAGAUCUCGGGGGACAAGCACACCGUGGGCUCCGUGGUCCGGUACAGCUGCCUCGGGAAGCGGACGCUGGUCGGGAAUUCCACGCGGAUGUGCCAGCUGGACGGGCGCUGGAGCGGGGCCCUGCCCCACUGCUCAGGGGGCAGCCAGGGCGUGUGUGGUGACCCGGGGAUCCCCUCCCAUGGCAUCGGGCUGGGGGACACCUUCGACGUGGGCAGCGUGGUUCGGUUCAGCUGCGAGCCCGGCUACACCCUGCGCGGCUCCUCCGACAGGACCUGCCAGGCCAAUGGCUCCUGGAGCGGCACCCAGCCCGAGUGUGAAGUGAUAUCCUGUGGGAACCCAGGAACCCCCAGCAAUGCCAGGGUCAUCUUCAACGAUGGUCUGGUCUUCUCCAGUUCCAUCAUUUACCAGUGCAGGGAGGGCUAUUACUCCACAGGGGUGCUGAGCAGGCACUGCACCGUGAACGGGACGUGGACUGGGACCAGUCCAGAGUGCACAGUGAUCAACUGCGGCGACCCCGGCGUGCCGGCCAACGGCGUCCGCCUGGGCUCCGACUUCACCUACAACCAGUCCGUGGUGUUCCAGUGCACCCCUGGCUACAUGAUGGAGUCAGACAGGGCCUCCUCCCUCACCUGCACCAAGGACCGCACCUGGAACGGCACCAAACCCGCCUGCAAGGCCAUCACCUGCAGAGCCCCCCAGGCCAUUCCCAACGGGAAGGUGGUGGGCACAGAUUUCAGCUGGGGGUCCAGCGUGAGCUAUGCCUGCCUGGAGGGGUACCAGCUGUCCCUGCCCGCCGUGCUGACCUGCGAGGGCAACGGCACCUGGAGCGGGGACGUCCCCCAGUGCUUCCCUGUGUUCUGUGGUGACCCAGGGACCCCAGCCCAGGGCAGGAGGGAGGACAGAGGCUUCACCUACCGCUCCUCCGUGUCCUUCUCCUGCCUGGCCCCGCUCGUGCUGGUGGGCUCAGCCCGGAGGUUCUGCCAGUCUGACGGGACGUGGAGUGGGACCCAGCCCAGCUGCAUAGACCCCAGCCUCACCACGUGUGCGGACCCCGGCGUGCCUCUCUUUGGGAUGCAGAACAAUUCCCAGGGAUACCAGGUGGGAAGCAUCAUCUUUUUCAAGUGCCAGAAGGGGUACCUGCUGCAGGGCUCCACCACCAGGACCUGCCUCCCCAACCUGACAUGGAGCGGCGUCCAGCCCGACUGUGUCCCUCACCACUGUAAGCAGCCGGAGACACCUUCCCAUGCCAACGUGGGAGCUCUGGAUUUGCCAUCCCUGGGCUACACCUUGAUCUACUCCUGCCAGAGCGGGUUCUACCUCACCGGGGGCUCCGAGCACAGGACCUGCAAAGCCGAUGGCAGCUGGACAGGAAAACCCCCCAUCUGCCUGGCCGACGUCCGUCCCAGCGGGAGGCCCGUGGGCACCGCGCGGGACCCGCCGCUCGCCAAGCUCUCAGUGCCUGCGGACGUGUUCGCAAGGAAUUCCCUGUGGAAAGGCUCCUACGAGUACCUGGGCAAGAAGCAGCCUGCCAUGCUGUCUGUCACCAGCUUCGACCCUGCCACCAGUAAAGUCAAUGCCACCCUGAUAGACCACAGUGGUGUGGAGCUCCAGGUGUCUGGCAUUUACAAGAAGGAAGAUGUGCACCUGCUGCUCCAGGUUUACCAGAUCAUGGGGCCGGUGGAGAUCUUUGUCAACAAGUUCAAGAACGAUAAAUGGGCUCUGGACGGACACGUCUCAUCGGAGUCUUCGAGUGGCACCUUCGUGUACCAGGGCUUCGUGAGGGGCAAAGGCUUCGGGCAGUUUGGCCUCCAGAGACUUGACCUCAGCAUGAUGGAAACGGAUCCUGAAUCCAUAGGACACCACUUUGCAUCCAACAGCAGCUCCGUGGCAGCCGCCAUCCUCGUGCCUUUCAUCGCCCUGAUUAUUGCAGGGUUUGUGCUUUAUCUCUACAAACACAGGAGAAGACCAAAAGUCCCGUUCAAUGGCUAUGCUGGCCACGAGAACACCAACGUGAGGGCCACCUUCGAGAACCCCAUGUACGACCGGAACCUGCAGCCCACAGACAUCAUGGCCAGCGAGGCCGAGUUCACAGUGAGCACGGUGUGCACGGCAGUAUAGCACCCACCCCCCUGAUCGCUCCGGGGUCAGCGUCUGGUGGAUGAUUGUGUUUCACCUCACUAGUCUCCAUCCAUCCCCUGCCCAUCUCCCUCCUCCCAACCUUUUGCUGAGGCUGUGGAGAAG